AUGGAAACUGCGUUACGCUCCGGGCGGCCGGAGAACAAAACAAGAGCGCGAGGACUCAUUCCAGUCUUCAUUUCAGCACCACGCGAGCUCCUGGACAGCGCCCGAAUGAACUCGCGCGCAGCUUCUAGCCCCACAUGCCUUGAAAGGGACAGAGUCGCAUCAGCACCGAGACUAAGCGGAGUGGGUAGGGACUUUAGAGGAGAAACAACCCCUUCCAUAGGAGAGACCGAGACUCAGCAGAACUGAAACUCGGUGGAUGUUAAAGGUUUAGUUCUUCUGUAGAGCCGGGAGCUCCGUCAGAAGCCACAGCAACAGGUAAGACGAUAACGCCACGUACCCUAAAGUACUUUGGUUGGUUGCAUUAAGUGUCUAUACUGGUAUUUAAUGUGUUUGCUUGGAAUUACACCCACCCGUUAUCGCACCAGGGACUUAAUUGCGGUUAAUUGGCCUCACCUGGUAUCUCAGGAGUGAGUAAGCGCGCGAUUAGGUGAUUAGAGUGAGCAGCAGCAUGGCUUUGGACCAUUUUCAAUGUUUCUAAACAAAACAUCAUACAGGGUCGAUUCAAACAGAAAAACAACCACACUCAUAGUUAACAAACAAAAUAGUGUCCAAAUACAUGAAGAAGCAGUCUUUGAAAACAUCACACUUGUGUUAUAGCUGAUUUUUUAUGCAUUUGGUCCACAAUUAUUGCACUUGAACUUGGAAAUUGUUACUUUUUAUAAAAAAUCUUCUUGGAGUUGAAUCAUAUUUGUCCAGGUGAAUAGAAGAGAAAGGGGAGAUGUAGGCAUUGAACAUGUGAAAACCAGAACAUGUGAAAAAGUCAGUGACAUGCAUAGGUAAAUUAGCUCUAAGAGGACACAGUAAUUCUUCCCCAGUAUACUACUUUUAGAUUUCACAAGGUGAAACUCCGACUCACUGUGAGUGUUUGUACAUAUUUAGAUUCAGUUCUUUGCAUAUUAGACAAUCUGAUUUGUUGGGUUUUCAGAGACCAAGGAUUAUAUGUGUGCUGAGCCGAUACGCCUGGAUGAGUCACUCAGGCUGCAAGUUUGCAGAAGAGUGCUGAAGGGGAGGGGGAGAUACAGGGGAUAGCUGGAAAACAGUCCUGCAGUGCUUCUCUGCCUCCCGAGAACAUUUUCUUUGUGUGUAUGAUCAGUGUCAACAUCUGGGGCUACAUUAACCACCUCUGGUUGUGCUCCUGCAACUUGAAUUUUACCUUGCUGUAGCUGGACACAAACAGAUGUCUCAUCCAUGGCAGUGUUUUUUAGGAGUUAUGUGUUCUCAGACUUAACUUCAGUGUCUACUGGUAAGUGUUCUCUGUUGUUUUUGAGUGAGCAGACAGGUACUCCUCUUUAACUGCUAUUGAGUAAAGUGCUGCCCUUAAGUGACUGUUGAAAUGUGUGCAGCAUGAAUUAGACAGUUUAUAGACACUCUCUUUGAUAGAUUGUUUGCGGUUGUUGCAGACGAUAGCACUUAGAUGUCAGACAAACUUACCAGAAAGCAUCGCAUUACUGCUCAUUAGUAUCACAGUGUUUACCUUGCUUGUAUUGACAAAUCAUAGCAAUCAGCAGCAUUCAGCUGUAGCACUGAGUGACAUCCAUUGAUUCGAGCAAACAAUAGAUCAUAAUGGGCUGCUAUGAACCACAGUUGCACACUCAAAUACAAGCACAGGCUCUCUGAAACACUUUUUGUGCACCUACAAUUGCACUUGCACAAACAUAACAGACUCUACAGACUGACUCAGUGAUGCAGAUUCUUUGUUUGGUGAAAGCUGGGUCUAGUUUGUGCCGAUUGACUGAUGCACCCUGAAUGUAAAGAAUUUUACGCAACUGCCUGAAAGAUUACACGGACCAGCCAAAUGAAAAUAAUUGGCUGAUAUCAAACCCCACUUUGUUCCAAUUUGUGUAACAAUUUACAAUGAUGUUAAGUUACCGCUUUCCUGUGCUCCCGUGAAUGUGAGGGGGAGUCUUUGUUUGUAGUGUAUAUACAUAUCAUGUGGUGCACUCAGACACAAAAACAGAUGUGUGUCUUUAAUUAGUGAUGUUGGUGUGAUUAAUGCAGUCUGCCGGUGAUGACUCAUUCGGCUUAACCCUUGCUCCUCUGGUGGAAACAAUCAAUAAACAAAGAUUCUGCUUGCCUUUGCAUGUCAUUGUCAUAUUCAUUAUUAUAAUAUCCUGAAAAGUCAUUUUAAAUCAGUAGAUUAGUAGGAUUUUUCAGUUGUUUAAGUUUUGCAAGAAUGUAUUGUAUUAAAUUUUUAAUAUUGCUUGGGUUUGUUUUCUGUCAUUUAUAUAGAGCAAAUACUUGGUUGUGACCUGGUCAGUCGGGGGGGCGUAUUUAUGCAGAGCACAUCUAUGUGUAUCGCACCAUGUGUCAUCUUGUCAACACAGCAGUUACAUUAGCAUUGUGGAAAAGCUGUCAGCCAAGCUGUGACUUACAGACAGCAGACUGGCAGGGAGUGUGCAUAUGAGUGUGAGUGAGUGCUCUGUGUGUGUGUGUGUGUGUGUGUGUGUGUGUGUGUGUGUGUGUGUGUGUGUAACAGAUAGAAAGGGAGUUAGAAUAAACUCUCACUGAUGUCCUCCUCCCUCUCCUUUCAGGGCAACAGUAUGUCUGAAACCAAAGUCAGUCAGCGGUUCCACAGCCUAAAUGCUGAGCAGGUGGAGGUUCUCCAUCAAGUUUUGUCCGAAGUUGUUCCAAUCCACGGCCGGGGAAACUUUCCAACAUUGGAGCUGCGUCCUCGAGACAUAAUCAUAGCUGUGCGAGCCAGGCUUCAGAAGCAGGGAAUCACAGUGAGAGAUGUGCGUCUGAACGGCUCUACGGCCAGUCACGUCCUCGUCAGAGACAGUGGAACGAGCUACAAAGACCUGGACAUCAUCUUUGGGGUUGAGUUGCCCAGCCAGGAGGAGUUCCAGGUAUGAUUACUGUCCUGCUUGAAGAGCAGCUGCGUGUAAUAACAGCUGAGCACUGGAGUUCAUUCCCACUGACAGCCAUUCAUUUGUCUGUAUUAUUCUGAAGCACAACAUUGUAUCUCCAAGGUGCUGCAGUAUUGAUUAUGUGUUGCCACCUCGAUGUCCUAACCACAAUUUGGCUGUUGUACACGGAAAAUGUUGAAUCAAUAAUAUUGGUUUUAAUAUACUUAAUGAACAGAAAAGCUAAAUCAUGCAAGCACUACAAUUAUCAGUUCAAUAAUAAAAGUAACAAUACAUUCAGAUUGCAAUCAUCAGUCAUGUUGUCAAUUUCUCCUCCCAGGUGAUCAAAGAGUCAGUGCUGGGCUGCUUGCUGGACUGUUUACCUGCUGGGGUCAACAGGGAGAGGAUCAGCUGUGCCACUAUGAAGGAGGCCUAUGUCCAGAAAAUGGUCAAAGUCUUCAAUGAACAUGACCGCUGGAGUCUCAUCUCACUGUCAAAUAACAGCGGGAAAAACCUCGAGCUUAAAUUUGUGAGCGCGCUAAGGCGGCAGUUUGAGUUCAGUGUUGAUUCCUUCCAGAUCAUUCUGGAUCGUCUCUUGGAGACCUACAUGCAGCAGGACUCAAGGCACAAAAACAAAACUGGCGAGCUCAAAGACCGGCCUGCAGACCAGCAGACCGAGAAAGAGCAUAAAGACUCUCCCUCUCUCCUUAAACAGGCCAGCUGUUCAGAAACAGAGAGCCAGACUGGUAGGGACUUACCCAGCAAAGACAAGACCCCACCCAGUCUGACACUUCAGAAAGACAAGGUGCAUGAAAAGGAGUCCCAGACAGAUCUCUCGCAUCAAACUGAACAUUCAAACCAAACAAAACACACUGAAGUUGAAGAAGACAAAAAAGUAGAAACAUCUGUGGAUCUGGAAGGAUCAUCACAACACAAAGAAAACCUCAGUGAGACAGACUCCCCUGACCAGACAUCCCUUAACCUUUUAACAGAAAAGAAGCAAAACUCAGAGAAAGUUGAACCACCAACUCAGACUGAACUCAGACACGGGCCUCAGUUGUUGGAAAAAAAUAAAAACUUGGCAAAUGUAGAGCAAACUGAGCCCUGUGAUAUCCAACAACCACCACACUCAGAUCACGAGGAACUGUCUGUUCUGACAGACCAGAAACCCCCCGAUGAAGAGAGAGAACUCACAGAGCACACAGAACAGACUGAGUCGCCAAAAUCCUCCAAUGAAACCCAGGAAGAGUCACUAAAUCUUGCAGAAUUGCACAGCACAGACUUCUCUAAUUGUCUCACUGAGGAUUCGAGCAGAAAUGAGACAGAUAAAACACCGUAUGUAUCUACUCCAGACUCGAGCACAUCUUUACAUGCAAAGAUAGAGACACAGCCAGCAGAUGAAAGCGAAGUUGAGACAGAGACACAGGAACAGACAGAGAGCAAAAAUCAUACCGAAAUCAGUGAAAUGGCAGAGGAGAUUUCCGCAUCAGAAGCAAAAAAUGUAGAGGACACCGAGGGUAUUGAUCGCUCCUGCUCCAACUCCUCCAUGUCUCUUACACCUCACAACACACAGCCUCCUGGCACACAGGACGCACAGGAGAUUUACAGCACACUUCACACAGAUGACUCUCCAGAUAAAACACCUAAAACACUUGAUGCCCUCAGUCCUCCAGAUACUCAGGAUAUUUUAUCUGCACCACCAAGCCUUGUUUCUGACAAAAAGACCUCUUCUCCUUCUUCUUCUUCUUGUAAGGCCACAGAUCGUCUGUCUUACAUGGUAGUGCUCAAACACUCUUCUCCUAAACCUCCACGGAGGAUGUGCAGGAAAGUUACCCCCAGUCCAUACCCCAGUCCAUUUCCUGACAGUGAUUCUGUUCAAGAUACCUGUCUAGAUUCAAACCUCUGCUCUGAACCUGGUAUUGACUUUAAUUCCAAGAGAACAACUCCAAGUUCAGACCCUACCACUACCCCAACAGCCGGUGUGUCUGAUGAAACAGACCCCAGGCCUGAACCCAACCUUCCAUCAAAUCUAGAUCUUACCUCAGCUCCUGAUCCUGCCCCUGAUAUAUCUCCCCCUUCUGUGGGUCCCAUGUCUGCUUUACCUCAAGAGCUACAGCUUCCUCAGUUGAUCUCAGAGAGUUCAGAUGAGACAAGUAUUCAGGGCUUAGAGGAGACUCAGUCUACUCAUGUGGCUUCUGAAGAGCAGAGCCAGACCUCCCCUAGAGAACCUGUCCCUGAACCCAAACAAUCAGAGCCUCCUGACCCAGAGGAAACAUUAGUUUCACACACUGAUAUGUUCAAUACAGCCACACAAGAUCCUGCACAUACCUCAGAAACUGAGCUCAGUGGUGAGGAUGACAGACAAACCAGAAAGUUGGGCUUGGAUCAGGCAGAUGAAAACUCUCAAGAGACCACACUUAGUUCAUCAUCUUCCUCUGACUGUGUUACCCCUCCUGUUUCCUGUCUCCUCCCUCCUGUGCUCAGUCUUUCCCCACCCUGCUUCACUCCCUCGCCCCCAAGCCUCAGCCCCCCUCAGUGUGCCACCCCUCCCUCUCACUGCUUCUCGUCUUCGGUGAUGAGCACUGUCAGCCCCGCUACUAGCUUUAGCUCUCCGCCCCUGAGUGUCAGUCCUACCUCAUCCUGCCUCAGCUCACCUCCUUACCUGACCCCUCCCAUGCUUAGCCUCAGCCCCCCUCCACUCUGUCUCAGCCCGCCGUCUCCCUGCCUCAGCCCACCCCUCCUCUGUCUCACUCCUCCAGUUGAGUCAGAGGACUUUGUACCUCAGGUAUCGUCAGACAUAGAGUCUUUGAUGCUGAGCGCAGACAGCGAGGAACCAGUUACCGAGGCCUCCCCUCAGCCAGGAAUUCCUCUCCUAGUGUUGGAGGAUAAAAAAGAACCAGAUUUUAUCUCAUCAUUGCCUCAGGUUGCAGAGCCUGUCUCUUUUCCAAUCACAAUCCCAAACCCAACCUCACAUGUGCUGCCUCACUGUCAGGCUGAAAACCCAGAGGAAUUUGCUAUUCCACCAGCAGAUGAGGUAUCCAGCUCCAUGCUUGAGAACAAAGAGGCCCCCAAGGUACCAGCAGACAUGCCUGAACAGAGCAACGGUCCCCAGGCAUGCAGUGUGGUCCCUGCCGUUGAAGUCUUGGCAGAGAGCAUGUAUGGUGACUUUGAGGCAGCCAUGGACCACCUGCGCUACCGUCUGAUAGCUACAAGAAACCCUGAGGAAAUUCGAGGUGGUGGCCUGUUGAAAUACAGCAACCUGCUGGUCAGGGACUACCGCCCUGCCAGCGAGACUCAGAUAAAGACAUUGGAGCGCUACAUGUGCUCACGCUUUUUCAUCGAUUUUCCUGAUGUGCAGGAGCAACAGAGGAAGAUCCUGUCCUACUUGAAGAACCACUUUAUCGGAGAGGAAAGAAGCAAGUACCAGUACCUGAUGACACUGCGCCGUGUGGUUGAUGACAGCACUGUGUGUCUGAUGGGACAUGAGCGACGUCAGACACUGAACAUGAUCACAGUGCUGGCACUGAAGGUUCUAGGCGAGCAGAACAUUAUCCCCAACACAGACCAUGUGACAUGCUUCUACCAGCCUGCUCCAUACCUUGCUGAGCACAGUGCUCCCUAUUUAGCAGAACCCAGCUACUGCAGUUACUACAUACCACAGGGGGGAUCAACUCUGCUUUACCAACCAUACCCGCUGCACCUGCAUACACAGACCGGACUAGUCUGAGACAUACAAACACACAUGUAAUCACAUCAAACCUACAGUCAAGGAGGGAGGUGCUUGCCUUGAAGGGAAACUGUUGAAUGGAAAUGCAAUCCAGGGAUUAAGUGUUUGGUCUAUAAUAGACCUAUGGGGGUGGGAAUGAUCAGGUUUUCAGUAAACUCCCCAUGUUCUCUGUAAGGUUCUAACAUGAUUAUGUGUAAUUAUCCGGGCUUUGUAGGAAAGUAAUAAUUCUUCCGAUAUUGUUCAAAUUCCAGAAAAUGCUGUAUGCACUGCAUGAGUCAUAGCCCUUUGGUCUUCUUAGGAAGCCAGCUGAGCUGUUGACAUUCACACACAUGCACAGACAUAUUCACAAACAAACAUGGACACACACAGACACAAACACCCACAAACACACUUCCAGGUUCUUGAAAUCUUGUAUACUCUUUUCAUGUUCUUACUGUGUUGUUCUUGAAGGGUUUGUUCAGAAUGUGGACCUUGCCUGUGGUUAAUAUCGUGCAUGGAUAAAUUAGGACUGUUCUCUCACUGCCAAAUACUGUGUGACUACUAUGCUUCUUAAACAGUUUAAUGUAACUUUGUUAAUCCUUUACUAAAUGGGUGUAUUCUAAAGAAAAAAAACGGAGGGAUAAGUCUGUACAGUACUUUUAGCAGAACAUUCUCAUGCAUGCACAACACAAAUACACACACAUGAGCAGGCAUACAUACAGUAUACUGUAUGCACAUUAAUACAAUGCAUGAGUAGCUUAAUACAUAGAUAACACCCUGAAGUCAGAGCAAAGGCUUUUAAUUUAAUAAAAAUUGAUCUAUUUUUGCAAGACUUUCCAAGAAAAUACUCAGUGUUAAUCAGACUGGUUAGUUCCUACAGAAAAAUGCCAACUACAUUGCCUUUGCAAUAGACUGUACAGCAUAUUGAUUACAGUAUAUCUUGUGCGGAUCAACUGCAUUGUUUUCAGGUAUUGUGUUCAGAUGUAGUGCUUGAUUCUUUUCCCUUGUGGAGUCUCUUCUGUAAUCAUGUGAAGUACUGUACUAUCUAGUGUUGAUUUUUUGAUGCUAAAGUGUACUCUAUGGAGGUGGUCAGGUUAAAACCAUCUUUGGGUCAUCUCUUAAAAAAAAGGGCAGAUGCAGAGUCAAUCCAACAAAAUUAAAGGAAGUACAUUGAAAGUCAUCCAACAAGUCAGCAUCCUCUAAAUCGCUCCGUCAGAAUCAACAUGGAUCAAGUUCAAAUCCACCUCAGACCUGUUUGAAUCUCAGUUCAAAGCCGUGCAACAGCAACUAUGACCAAAGAUGGUUCGGUAGGGAAAAUCAAGUGCCUAAAUGUGAGACAUCAUUGGCAUGUCUUUAUCUCACUGCACUGGGGUGUUAAUGGGGUGGGCUCCGGUCUGGGUUGGGUAUGUGUUCUGUUUUUGACCCCUGUUAUUGCUGCCCAUUUUGAUGUCUUCUUUAAUGUAGUCUUUUGUUGUAGUUUAUUCAUGUAUAUUUUGAUAAAAUAAACAAAAACUCAAAAAUCUACA